AAAAAAAGAAGAAAGAGAAGUUUACAUGAACGUAAUUCACCAUAAAAAAGUUCUGCUGUAUAAAACUCUCUUCUCAUCUCUUCAGCGAUUUGCUCCUCCUCUCCUUUUCUCUCUCCCCUCGCCGGGAAAACUACCCAAUUUUCUCCGGCGAUCGGGAUUAUUCAUACUAACCGCAGAGCUAUUUCUUUCAUUCCCAGAAUGUCAACAAUUCCAUCUUUAUCCCUCAAAUACCCAAAACCUAUCCUUUCUAUCCCCAAUUCGAUUUUCCAUAGUAAGAAUUUUUUUAUAAGGUAUCCAGCUCUUAAAGGGUAUAAUGGGGGCGGCUUAAACGCUGUUGCAUGUUCGACUCCGUCGUCGUUAACUGGGAGAGUGGGUUUGCACAGACGGGAAGGCAACUUGUCGUUACUGUCGUUUGGUGCAAAUCCGAGGAGCUUUUAUAUAGCAGAAGAUGAAGAUAAGGUAGAUUAUUCACAAGCACUUUCUGCAUUGCUUCCUUUUGUUGUGGCGCUCACUGCUGUGGCUGCUCUUUCUCAGCCUUCAACUUUCACAUGGAGUACUGAUGUCAUGCUGGUGAAGCAAAUUCCCUGUACUUUAACUAUGGCUUACGGGGUGUCUAAAGAAUUGUACGCUCCUGCACUUGGAGGAAUCAUGUUAUCAAUUGGUAUUAGACUUUCUAUUGAUGAUUUUGCUCUUGCGAUUAAAAGACCUUUGCCCUUAUCUGUUGGAUUCGUUGCUCAAUAUGUCCUGAAGCCAGCUCUUGGCUUGCUGGUAGCACAGGCAUUUGGGAUGCCUCCGAUGUUCUACGCUGGUUUUGUCCUUAUGUCUUGUGUUGCAGGGGCUCAAUUAUCAAGUUAUGCCAGCUUCUUGAGCAAAAGUGAUGUGGCUUUCAGUAUUCUCUUGACCAGUUCAAGCACCAUUGCUUCAGUUCUUGUUACUCCACUUUUAACUGGCCUGCUUAUUGGUUCAGUCGUUCCAGUUGAUGCAGUUGCAAUGUCAAAGUCAAUCUUGCAGGUCGUUCUUCUCCCCGUCGGUCUUGGCUUAGUGCUGAACACCUAUGCAAAACCAGUAGUAUCUGUUGUUCAACCUGUGAUGCCAUUUGUUGCCAUGCUUUGUACUUCACUGUGUAUUGGCAGCCCUCUUGCAAUCAAUCGUGCUCAGAUUCUUUCUGCUGAGGGUGCAAAAUUGAUCGCUCCCGUACUGACAUUUCAUGCAAUGGCAUUUGCAGUGGGUUAUUGGCUCUCGAAACUUCCAAUUUUUAGGUUUGAAGAAGAAGUCUGCAGGACGAUUUCUUUAUGCACAGGAAUGCAGAGUUCUACACUGGCGGGGCUACUCGCAACUCAAUUUCUUGGAAGCAGUCAAGCGGUACCCCCUGCAUGUUCUGUUGUUGCAAUGGCUAUAAUGGGCCUUUCCCUUGCCUCUUUCUGGGGCAGUGGAUACCGGAUCAGGGACAUGCCAUCCAUUCUGUUUCCACCAACUGCUUCGACUAUCAACCCUUUACAGUAAGCUAGAGAACGGUAUAUAGAGAGUAGGAUACUUGGUAGAAAGGUAGACGUCCUUUGAGGGUUAGGCAAAUUAACUUAAAUGCAGUAGAAUGGUUAAAUGAGAUGGGGGCAUAUAUAUACUACAAUGACCUUCCAAAGUAUGUAUGAAAGCAGCUGAUAAAGAGGUAGACGAAAUAGUAUUGUAACCAGUAAAGUGAAGGGCUUGAAGCUGAGGGCUGCUUGUACAGUUCUUAUACAAUCUCAAUGUAUAGCAUUUUAGCGUCCUUGCCUAAACAUAUAGUUGGAUGAUCUUA